CACUGAUCAAAAUGUCGGCACUGGGCAAGUCCUUUGUGGGCCUGACUGGCUUACUGCUCCUGUUGUUUAGUUAUAUAUACAUUUUCAAGGAAUUUUCCAAGCCUUUAUGUUCAAAGCCCUUUGUAAACAUUGGUGAACGUUGCUUUUUCUUCUCCUCAAACAAGCCCCCCACAUAUGAAUACUACAGAGUGGGCUACAAGAAUCGAGUUUUCAGUGUACCCGUCAUAAUGGAUUGGCUUCAUGCCAACUUUGGAUGUGAGACCAUCGACCCUCAGGCUCGACUGGUGACCAUUCGGAACUCCGAGGAAAUGCGCCUGAUUUCCAACUAUAUGCGAUAUGGCGCCCAUGCCCAGACACACGCCGUAUUCUGGAGCGGGGGCCAUCGCGGAAGACUGUCCGCCGUGGAUGAUGUUGAUCACAAGACUCUGGUGCAGUUUUACUGGCAUCAGGAUCCCCAUCCCAUGAACUUUACUAAUUUUGUGGCCAGCAAGCCACCGAAACGCAAGUUCCAGGAUGGCUUCUGUGUCUACCUGGAGUUUACCGGUGAGGAGCUAGUGAUGGGCGUUGCCCAAUGCGAUAAAAAAAUAGCUUUUGUAUGUGAACUGAAUCCCAAUGGGUUAUAAUUAACAAACAAAUUAAUGUAAUAAAAAUCGGUUAAGGUAUUUCAGGUAA